UUAUACACCUGAAAAAUACCCCACUGCAGGAUUGGAUGAAAACUACUGCAGGAAUCCUGAUGGGGAUGAAAGCGGACCCUGGUGUUACACAACAGAUCCUGCUACCAGAUUCGAUUACUGCAACAUCCCAGAGUGUGAGGGCCAGGUCACGCACACUGGAGAAGGCCCUACAGGGGAGUGCAUGCACUGUAAUGGUGAAGACUACCAUGGAGAAGUUUCCAGGACAGAGUCUGGGCUCGAGUGCCAGCGCUGGGAUGCCCAAGAGCCUCAUAUGCAUGGAUUUACACCGAAACACUUUCCAGAGAAGGACCUGAAGAUGAAUUACUGCCGUAAUCCUGAUGGGGAACUUCGGCCCUGGUGUUUCACUACCAGCCCGACUAAACGCUGGGAAUAUUGCAACAUUCCUCGUUGCACUACACACCUGCCAGUCUCUGGCCUGGUUUCCCAGUGUCUUUCGGGGAAAGGAGAAGACUACCGAGGCAGGAUAGCCAUCACUGAAUCGGGAAAUGCCUGCCAACACUGGAACAUGCAGUUUCCUCACAGACAUGGCUGGAUUCCUGACAGAUAUCCCUGCAAGGGCUUAGAGGAAAACUACUGUAGAAACCCUGAUGGAGAGAAGAGGCCUUGGUGCUACACCAUGAACAGCAGCCUUCGGUGGGAAUAUUGCAUGAUUCCCCGCUGCGGUGGGACAGAACAAGGCAUUGCUGAUGUGCCUGUGCAGGUUCCCCUGACAGAGGAGUGCUAUCAAGGCAAAGGCCAGAAUUAUCGUGGCACAACUUCCACCACUGCAUCAGGAAAGAAAUGCCAGGCCUGGAACUCCAUGUUCCCACACAGGCACGAAAAAACCCCGGACAGAUUCCCAGAGGC